AUGAAGCAAAAGAAACUCAACUCAAAUAAAAGUAAUAGAAGCCAUUUACGAAAAGGCGACUCUCCUAAUAUAGCAAUUUCUAAAUCUAGAACUGCAUGUAAACGAUGUCGGUUAAAGAAGAUCAAAUGUGAUCAGGAAUUUCCGAGCUGUAAAAGGUGCGCAAAACUACAAGUACCGUGUGUUUCCUUGGACCCAGCCACCGGGAAGGAUGUUCCAAGAUCUUAUGUCUUUUUUCUAGAAGAUAGAUUGGCUGUCAUGAUGCGUAUGUUGAAAGAGUGUGGUGUAGAUCCCAUGCAAGUACGGGGGAAUAUCCCUGCUACAAGUGAUGACGAGCCUUUCGAUUUAGAAAAGUACAGUUCAGUUGCAUCUUUGCGGCAGACAGGACUGUUGCCACACAAUGGUUUAUUAGCAGAUUAUUUGGUUCAGAAAGGACAUUCUAUGGAAUCUUCGCUUUCGAUGAGCAAAACUAUAGAAACCCCACAGAAUAUAAGUUUACAGCAUAAAGAAUUUCUGAUAGAUUCAAAGGAAGAGGACGGCAAUGCUUUGUUACCUGAAACAGGCAGUCCAAUUGCUUCAAACGCAAGAGCAGAAGAGCUGCACCAAUGUAAUAAGGAGAUCAGUGCACUGGGCACAGUAAAAGAAAGUAGUUUUAAUUCUUUUUUAGGAGAUUCAUCCGGUAUUUCGUUCGCCAGGUUAGUCUUUACCGCAACUAAUUUUCGACAAUACUCGGGGGACGAUGUACUAGAUGAAGAUAUUAAACAAAGAGAACAAAAGUACAAACAAUAUGUCGAAGCUGAGAAUAACCCUCACUUUGAUCCUUUGGAAUUGCCACCUCGUCAUGUUGCUGAAGUUAUGAUAUCCAGAUUUUUUGUAGAUACUAAUUCGCAGCUACCUUUACUGCAUAGGGAACUGUUCUUAAAAAAAUAUUAUGAACCUAUUUAUGGACCCUGGAAUCCUGAUAUUGCGUUGGCAUCUGACCAAUCAAAUAUAAAUACAGAGUUCGAAAUUCCAAUCAGCAGUAGUUUUACAGCACACACGGAAUCAAAGGACGAGAACACUACCGAGAAUGUUGAUGGACAUCUUUCUGAGAAUGUCCCAUGGUAUGACACUUGGGUGUUUUUGCAAAAAGAUAAUAUGAGUUCAGUAAUUCAACUACCGACAGAAUUCCAUAUACCGUAUUUCUUUUUGAACAUUAUAUUUGCUAUUGGUCACGCUACGCAGGUACUUAAGUCAGACAUAAGUACUGUCGCUACAUAUAAAAGGCGUGCUACCAGAUACAUUACAUCUUUAUUUUCAUCUUCAGACAGAUUGGAGGCAUUGGCAGGCACUUUGCUGAUGGUGAUUUAUUCGAUAAUGAGGCCAAAUGUUCCAGGUGUUUGGUAUACUAUGGGUUCUGUACUAAGGUUGACUGUUGAUCUAGGAUUACACUCAGAGAAAAUUAAUAAGAAUUAUGACGCCUUUACAAGGGAAAUUCGUAGGCGAUUGUUUUGGUGCGUAUACUCCUUAGAUCGGCAAAUUUGUUCUUAUUUUGGUCGACCUUUUGGUAUUCCUGAAGAAAGUAUUACCACCAGAUAUCCUAGUCUUUUGGACGAUUCACUCAUUACGAUAACUAACCAAAAUGUCGAUGAUUACUCGGAUUUGCCAAACCCGAAUCCCUCCUCGAAAGUUAUCGCAUUAGCCAUGUAUAAAAUUAGAAGGAUCCAAGCCAGCAUCGUGAGAAUACUUUACGCUCCCGGUGCAGAAUUGCCUAGGAGAUUUAUGGACCUCGAGAGUUGGCGAAUCGAAACCUACAACGAGCUUGAACAUUGGUUCCAAGUGGACGUCCCUAAAAACUUUGAUGUAAUGAAUUGUAAAUUUAAUAGCAUCUGGUUUGACUUGAAUUAUCAUUACUCGAAGAGUAUUCUUUACGGACUUUCUCCGAAGUGCCCUACUUUGAAUGACACUGCUUUCGAAAUUGUCUUGAACAGUACAAAGGGAACCAUAGAUGUAUUUUACAAUCUUUGUGUCAAUAAAAAAAUUGGUUACACGUGGGUAGCUGUUCACAAUAUGUUUAUGACAGGUAUGACGUACCUUUAUGUGAAUUUCUACUCAAAUAACAACAUAAAUGAUUCGCAGGAGAAAGUCUCUGAAUACAGUGAAAAGGUAUUAACAGUAUUGAAAAAUUUGAUAGGUUUUUGUGAAUCUGCAAAGACCUGCUACACUAGUUACAAGAUUUUGUCAUCAGUAGUGAUAAAGCUAAAAUUUAUGCCAUUGAAAGACGACAAUGGAAUUCUCUCCGAUUCUAAUACUCUAACGGCUCAGGCAAAACGUGUGUUAGGUUAUGGUAAAAGAACUGACAUGUUUGAGUGUGAUAAUAACACUUUUAAUCAAAAGACAUUCAAUAAGAGCAAUUUUGAUGAAAAAGUACCUUUCGAUAUACCUUUAGAAGAGUUUUUUACCGAGUUGGAAAAACACAGUAAUAUUGCCCAAUGUGAUACUUUAGAUGUGAACGAAAACAAUCCACUGAUGAAUGAAAGUGAUCCUAUGAAUAUAACUUCUGCAGUGAAUAACCAGUUCAAUAGUAAUAAUCAAGAUAUUAUGGAUAUUCUUUUUCAAGUCACUUCAGGAUCUGUAUGGGAUGAAUUUUUUGUCAGGUCAGGUAACGGGAACGAAGGCGAGUCAUCAUACGAUUUCAGCAAAGGAAAUAAUCCUGGAUCCAGCGGUAUAUUAUAG